AUGUUCUCUGCCAUGCUGAUGGACGCCUACCGCGACGAGCGCCCCGGGAUCCGCAUCGCCUACAGGACGGACGGUCACCUGCUGAAUCAACGACGGAUGCACUUCCAAUCGCGCUUAUCCACAACCACCGUUCACGAACUUCUUUUCGCCGACGACUGCGCUCUGAACACCACCUCGGAAGAGAGGAUGCAACGAAGCAUGAACCUGUACUCCGCCGCCUGCGAGAACUUCGGUCUGGUCAUCAACACGCAGAAGACGGUGGUCAUGCACCAACCGCCACCCAACACAACCACUCCACCCAACGCACCGCAAAUCAGUGUUAAAGGAACCCAACUGCAAGUGGUGGAGAAAUUCCCCUACCUGAGCAGUACUCUCUCCCGCAACACCAAAAUCGAUGACGAAGUCGCCAACAGGAUCUCGAAAGCCAGUCAAGCAUUCGGCUGCCUCCAAAGCACAGUUUGGAAUCGUCACGGUCUUUAG